GUGGAUACAAUAGUAUCAUUUCAGAGUUUACUGGCAAAGUUGAUAAACUGUGCUUAUAAUUUCUUGUUUUAAUCAUUUGGGGUCUUCCUUGAGGGCACUUGGCGAAGGUGGGAUGCAAGUUCUAAUAAGUAUGUUAAGAAAUAAGUAAUGGUUAGCUAAACUGAUUUCUUUCAAAGCACCUAUGUCGUGUGCAUUUUGGAAAUGCUCUCUCUAGUCUCAAAAGUCUUGCAUUUAAAUGCCCUACCUCAUUAGCUGAUUGUAUAGCCCUAAAGUCUAUAUAAACCUAGAGAUUUGUGAGGCAUAUUUUUAAAACUACAAAACUGGCAUGAACAGCUUGGCAGCAAGCACUGAAUGUUUAAACACAUUAAAAUUAUAGACCACUAAGAAGGGCAUUAACACCCAUUUCCAUGUGCAUUUUGCACAUUUUAAUGAAGAAAUUAUGUGACAAAACUAUUUCCUGUAUGCUUCUAAAGAUGGCAUCCAUUAGGGUGAGCAGGCUGUUAAUCAUUAUCUCCAAAAAUGUGAUAAAAUGAGACAUCCUUCUUUUUAAUGAGUAGAAACAGUUGUUGAUUUAUUGGAUGUACUAGAAAACAGAGAACUUUCCAAUGCUUCAGUAGCUCUCAGUAUAUCUUAAUAUGCAGCAAAGUAAAUAUUGGUCAGCCAGCCUUUAAUUUAUUGAUCCUGGAAAAUAUGGGUGAUGCUAGGAAUCAAUAAAGGUAAAGUGUGCUGUCGAUUUCGACUCCUGGCGCCCACAGAGCCCUGUGGUUUUCUUUGGUAGAAUACAGGAGGGGUUUACCAUUGCCUCCUCCCACGCAGUAUGAGAUGAUGCCUUUCAGCAUCAAUAGCAGGCUUCAUAAUCGUGUUUACUUCAGUGUGUGCAUUGAUGAACUUGUAAUCUCUGUUGUCAAAUGCAUAGGAAAUCUCGUUAAUCACAAAGGAUUGAAAUAAACUACAAAAAACCGCUGUAUUAUGACAACAAAAUAACAUAACACCAAAGUUCUAAACAUAACAAUUCACAGAAUAUUCAAUGACUAGAAAAUCAGAGGCUGAUAUACCAUGCAAGAGCACAUCAGCCCAAACACCCAAUAUUUGCACAAACACAAAUAUAAGCCCAUUGUUGCCUAUAGACUUACUCUUGUAAGUCUUACAUCCUUGGAACAAUUUUUCCCCCUUUUGCGCAACUUGCGGGCACACAUUACUGCACUAACAUAUCCUUGUGUCAGCCACUAUAGUUACAGUUUUGCUAACUUGAUCUUCUACCAGUCUAGUGUCACAAUUCUAUGCCUGAGAUAUAGCACUUCUUAGGACAGUGCUUAAGCACAAACUACAUAUAUUUCUGUUGUGUGAACAUUCACUUUGAGAGGUUUCCUUUUACCCAAAGCAGCAUAAAUAGAUUCAGUCUGCAACCACAUUACACUGGAGGUGGAAUGAUGCCCUCUUUAAAUCACCCCCCUCUCAGUGCUGGUUUAUUCCAAGUGGGGCAAAAAGGUAUAAGAACUCUUAUCUUUUCCUCCGUGGGGUAAAAAACAGCUUGGAAGGGGUGAUUUUGAUAAGGGAGCAACAGCAGGCUUUAAAGGAGGUGGGGAGAGAGAGCCCUACAACUAUAUUUGGGGGGAGUUGCUUUAUUAUAUUCUAUUCAAGGACAUCAGACUGUCUGGAAAAGCCUGAGGAUAUCCCAGCUGACAUGCUGCCUCCUGCUCAGAAACUGAGACCAGUCCGGUCCUGCUCUCCAGCUUUAGACUCUGUCUUGCUGGAUGCUGUCCAUCUCACAGGACAAUCUUCACUUUGUUGCAGACUGCAGCUUUCUGCAGAAGUGUUGGGUUAAAAUAACCCUUCAGGAAAAGUAUUUGCACUUUACAUAUCAUUUGACCACUAUUGCCCCAAAACCUAAUCCCACAAUGCCUGCAGCAACCAUUUCCACUGCUGCACUGAUGUGGCUGUUUGGGCACUCCUGAUGCAGUGCAGUGGUGACUUACACCACCUCACUGGUGACAGACAGGAAUGGGACCAUGUAUGGUCUCCCACCCACAACAUCCUAGUGCCUCAGAUGCCUCAAGGAUAAAAGGAAAGUUAGCACAACUCUGUGACUGUCUCUCGUAGUUGUAAAGUUUAAGGGGGCAGGGUCUCUGAAGGGGUUGAGAGGCAGCAAGCUUGACUCGAAAGCACUACGUACAAGGUGGGAUAAGUGCUUACAGGAGGGUUUGUUCAUCUAUGCCACUAAAAGAUGGCCUACUCCAAUAUUAACCUGCCUGAAUGCCAAGAUCACUCCCUGAAGUCUCUCCCUGGGUGUCUAUGAUUUCAGAGGUUAAGUGGGAGGCAACUAAAAAUAUGGCCACCUCCAUUGCAGCACCCCUGUGGUGGAAGAUUCUUCCUAGGAAGCCUUGUCUGGUGCCACAUCUAUCAUUCUAUCCUGCUGAAGUAAACAUGGAAAGUGCUCCUGUAAAACUUUGUGGGAGAGAAUUUAUAAGAGCUGUCGUUUUUACUUGUGGAGGAUCCCGCUGGAGAAGGCAUCUAACUGACUACCCAGAAGAUAUCUUAGUUCAAAGUCAUCCAUAUUUACCACUGGACUCAAGAGAUGCCAGUGAAAAGGACGCCCAGGAGCCAGAACGCCCAAGCAAAGGAUUCAUCCAGUACAGUCCUGAAUCCAACAGAGAUCUGCAGGACAAGCAGCAGAAGUUUAUGCACAAAAGGCAUGUAGAUGUAAUGCGGAUCACAGCCUCUUGCUGCACUAUUGGCUGCAGUGAAGGCAGCAUAAGUGCACUGUGCUAAAAAUAUAUCCGAUUCUGAUAUGUAGCCUAUUCCAUAGCUACAACAGAUUAGAAAAUAAAACAUUUUGUGUCUAGAAACAGCAAUUUUGAUACCUUCUCACUUUGUAGUUGAAUGUGAAAUUCUCAGCUGUGAAGCACUUCUAAGUGCUUUUCUCUUUGGGCUGUUGUACAAAGUGAUACAUUUUUUAACCUCUUAAUUUCAUAUUUGUCUGCUUUUGCUUUUGUACCAAAUGUGCAGUUCACUACAUGUCUUCUUGCAAAUGCAUAGGAAAUUGCAAUAAAUAAAUAAAAACUA